GGGGCUAGGCUCUCCCGCGGGGCGGGGCUCCCUCUGGGCGGCGCGUGCGCACGGGCGGCGGCGGCGCGGCCGUCACUCGGGCCGGCAUGGCGGUGUGCGCUCGCCUCUGCGGCGUUGGCCCGUCGCGGGGAUGCCGGCGCCGCCAGCAGCGGCGGGGCCCGGCUGAGACGGCGGCGGCUGAUAGCGAGCCGGACACGGACCCGGAGGAAGAAUGCAUCGAGGCGGGCGCGGCGGCGCUGUCCGGGGCGGGGGGCGGCCGGAGCGCGGGCCCCUCGCCGCCCCCGCGCUGCUCGCUGCUGGAGCUGCCGCCCGAGCUGCUGGUGGAGAUCUUCGCCUCGCUGCCCGGCACCGACCUGCCCAGCCUGGCCCAGGUCUGCACCAAGUUCCGGCGCAUCCUGCACACCGACACCAUCUGGAGGCGGCGCUGCCGGGAGGAGUAUGGCGUUUGUGAAAACUUGCGGAAGCUGGAGAUCACGGGUGUGUCUUGUCGAGACGUAUAUGCGAAGCGUAUAAACCCGCGCGUCAAGUCGGGACGGUUCAUGAAAAUUCUGCCCGAUUACGAGCACAUGGAGUACAGAGAUGUGUACACCUGCCUGCUUCACCGGUACAGACACAUUUUGGGCCUGUGGCAGCCAGACAUCGGGCCGUACGGAGGACUGCUGAACGUGGUGGUGGACGGCUUGUUCAUCAUUGGCUGGAUGUACCUGCCUCCCCACGAUCCUCAUGUGAAUGACCCAAUGCGAUUCAAGCCCUUGUUUAGAAUCCACCUGAUGGAGAGGAAGUCGGCCACGGUGGAAUGCAUGUACGGCCACAGGGGGCCCCACAAUGGCCACAUCCAGAUUGUGAAGAAGGAUGAGUUCUCCACCAAGUGCAACCAGACAGAUCACCACAGGAUGUCUGGCGGGAGGCAAGAGGAAUUCCGAACGUGGCUAAGGGAAGAAUGGGGACGGACACUGGAGGACAUUUUCCACGAGCACAUGCAGGAGCUCAUCCUGAUGAAGUUCAUCUACACCAGUCAGUAUGACAACUGCCUGACCUACCGCCGCAUCUACCUCCCGCCCAGCCACCCGGACGACCUCAUCAGGCCUGGCCUCUUCAAAGGCACCUACGGCAGCCAUGGCCUGGAGAUCGUCAUGCUCAGCUUCCAUGGGAAGCAUGCCAGGGGCACGAAGAUCACGGGUGACCCCAACAUCCCUGCUGGGCAGCAGACGGUGGAGAUUGACCUCAUGCACCGCAUCCAGCUGCCCGACGUUGAGAACCUCCGCAAUUUCAAUGAGCUCUCCCGCAUCGUCCUGGAAGUCCGUGAGCAGGUGCGCCAGGAGCAGCAGCAGCAGGAAGACGGGCCUGAGGAUGCUGAGGGCUGCAGCCGGCAAAGCCCCCAAGAGCCCCAGCGGGGCCCUGCCCAGCCCAGUGUGGAGCCGCCCGCUGAGAAAGGCAGCGAGCCCGGGGACGGAGGCGCCGCAGCUGCGGCUGAGCAGCCCGUCGAGUCUGGGCAGGGGCAGCCAUUUGUGCUGCCUCUGGGGGUGAGCUCGAGGAACGAGGACUAUCCCCGCACCUGCAGGAUGUGUUUCUAUGGCACAGGCCUCAUCGCUGGCCAUGGCUUCACCAGCCCUGAGCGUACCCCUGGGGUUUUCAUCCUGUUCGACGAGGACCGCUUUGGCUUCAUCUGGCUGGAGCUAAAAUCCUUCAGCCUGUACAGCAGGGUCCAGGCCACCUUCCGGAACGCAGACGCACCGUCCCCACAGGCGUUUGAGGAGAUGCUCAAGAACAUUCAGUCCCUCACCUCCUGACGGCCCCCUCCCCUGCCGGGGUGCUCCUGGGGCUCCGGCCCCUGCGACCUGCCAGAGCAGCAGCAUGCACUUCGGACAUCUGGCCUUGGACCAGAACACCCACCUUCUCAUAGGGGUCACGGCCCAGCCCCCCGGGAUGCUUUCUAUAGAGUGUGCAACCCAGGCCUGUAUAGUUGUCAGUAGCUGAUGGGAAAGCUGAGCAUGUCUUAUAAAAAAAAAAAAAGAACAAGAACAAAACUGAUUUUGAGGCCAGCUGCAGGGUGUGUAAAUAACUGAACUGGAGAAACUGGGUUUGUCCUUGGCCUGCUGGCAGUUUUCUAGGGAAAACAAAAUCCUCCUUCAGGGGAGUUCAUGAGUAACAGAGUCUCUUGCUGUGGGCUGACAUAAGGGGGUCCUCUCACAGGAAGCGAGUGAAAGGGGCCAUGGGCCUGCGAGGGCCGGGGGUGAGGGCCUCGGACAGGUGAACUUUGCUGCAGCCCGGCCAGGGUGGUGGGGGAGGCAGUGUGUGCAGAAAGGGAGCUCUGGGGGAGUGGGGGUGUCGGGUUUGGGACCCUGGACUGAAUUCCUGUUUCUCUAGCGAUGUGCUUGGAUUGUGGACAGAAGCACUUCACCCUGAGCUCAGUUUCCGAUUCAGUGAAAUGGGGCUAGUGACGUGGGUCACUAGAGAAUGUCACCGCAGGCCUGUGAGCAGCUUGGCGGCCUGCGGACACCAUCCUGGCCCUGGUCCCCGGGCAGCGCCUGUGCACCUGCCCCGGCCUCUCUCCAGCUUUAGAACCAAGACCUUCGCUGCAGCCACUUCCAGACAGGGCACUCGUGUCCACACCCUACCCCUCCUCCUGCCGCACCCUGAGCUGCAGCCACUUGUCCCAGAAGUGAGACGGCUACAUCUGAAAUGGCCCUGCAGUUAUUUACCCAGAUGCUGUCCUUGGAAGUGUGAAAGCAUCAGAAGUGGUUGCACAAGACGACUUUGAAGCCCCUUUGCAGGGGAGAGGGCAGCUUUCUAGAAAAGUCACACUGCACGCAGGGAGGCACACUUUGGACACCAGGACCUCUUGGGGACCCUUCUGCUGGCAUUGUGCCUGUGUUGUGCUGACCCCUGCAUUUGGGGACCCUUCUGAGGUCUCUACUGAUCUUGGUGUUUCCUGAAGAGCAGAGCCCUAAGUGCACGCAGGCCCCUGAGAGUUAGCUUCAGCUCUCCCUCCAGCGUGCAGACAGCCACCACCCGUCCACCGCCCAUGGCAUGGGGCUUCACUGGGGGCAGGGCAGACUUCAUCCCCCUCUCAGUUGCUCAUCCUUGUGGGGUGGACUGCACUGAGCCCUCAUACUGAGGGCGAGGGACCCCAGGGAAGGGGGGUGGCUUUGUGGUGCCUUCAUGUAGAGACCAGCCUCAGAUGUCCCAUGAAAUGUGUCCUGUUUUCUCGAUUAAUUUCUCCCUGACUGGCCUUUUUCUAAAAUAAAAAAUCCCCAUUGCCCUAGCUUCAGUGCAUUUGGCAACUUUGAACUUCCUCUGCUUCCUAGAAUCACAGAAUUGACAAGCUCUGAGGCCCAGCCCCUCAAAGGCAAGCUGGCCCUCCCAGGAGGGAGGUGAGCGGAGAAGGCUGGGUCCCUCCUGGGCAGCCACGGGAUGCGUCCACCUGGCGCUAUCAGCCAAGUCUCGUCAGAGAUGCUCGCCGCUCACCUCCCAUCCUUCUAACAGGACCUGCAGUCAGGUUGAAGUGUGAUCCCAGUUUCUCUUGCAGGACUGAGCCUAAAAGCAUUGUCAUCCCUCCCCUCUUGCAGUGUGACUGUUCUUCUCUCGUGCCAAGCAUGGCUGUCUCUGAACAGUGAUAACCAUGGCCAUGAAGCCUUCAGGAAAAUGAAAAUGAAAGACAGCUGGGUGUAGGCUGUUGCUCUCUGAGUUUCACCAUUGUUUAAAUAAAAUCAAGAAAAUGCAUAUUUUACCCAGAGCCUGAGGCUCACUCUAAGGGACCCCAUCUCCAUCUAGGGCCCCCGGUAGCUUUGUAAAGCGCACAUGAAUUAAAGAUGAGCACUUCUGAUUAAAAACCAAUCUCAAAUCUAAA